AUGAGCUGCACUGUGGAGCCCUCUGCUGGAUGGAGGUACAGAUGGUUCAGAAGGACCUCAGACACCUCUGAAGUUGAAGUCAGGAUAAAUAAGGAUGAAAACAGAGAAAUCACUGUGAGACAAGGAGGAAUCUACGGUUGUUAUGGAGUGAGAGGAAACCCAGAGAUCUGCACACAUUCAAGCUCUGAGGUCACUGUUAAGAUAACAUUUUCCAACAAGGUUGUUGUGACUCAAAAACCAAACAGCUCUCAGAUGUUCAGUGGUGAGACGAUCAUUCUGACAUGUGAGGUCCAGGGAGGAGAAAGCACUGAGUGGACGUAUGAAUGGAGGAGAUCUGGUUCUGUUAUACACAGCACACCCAGUAAAGACUGGACUUUUAAUGUUUCUGAGUCCAGCAGUGGAAAUUACACAUGUCAGUGUAGAAGCAGAGAUGACUGGUAUUCUUCAACAGAGUGGAGUGAAUCAAUCAUUCUGUCAGUAUCUGCAGCUGUGUCCAGUCCCUUCAGCUCUCUUAUCUUGUGGAUCAUUGUAUCAGUUUCUGGGAUCGUUCUUGUUGUUCUGCUCCUCCUGUUGUGGCGCUGCAGUCAGUCCAGAGGUUUAUUCUGCUUCAGGCGCUCAGAGAGGAGCAGUCAGAUUGAGAUUCGUGAAUACAACUCUCCCUGUGAAGGUCUGAAGUUCCACCAAUUUUAG